AUCCUUCCUUCUUGGGAAGGCGGAGCGUUUGCGGCCGCUCGCCGAUCCCGGGCCGGAGGCGAAAGGCGGCUGCAGGCGAGGCUGAGCCAUGGCGGCGGCCGAAGCGCGCCGGGUCCUCGUGUAUGGCGGCCGGGGCGCCCUGGGCUCCCAAUGCGUGCGCUACUUCCGAGGGAAGAACUGGUGGGUGGCCAGCAUUGACUUGGGAGAAAACGAAGAAGCGAGUGCCAACGUUGUUGUGAAAAUGAGCGAUUCCUUCGUUGAACAAGCAGAUCAGGUGACAGAAGAUGUUGGAAAACUCCUGGGCGAAGAAAAAGUCGAUGCUAUACUUUGUGUCGCCGGUGGUUGGGCUGGAGGCAGCGCGAAAGCAAAAUCUUUAUACAAAAAUACUGACCUGAUGUGGAAACAAAGUGUUUGGACGUCAACGAUCUCUAGCCAUUUGGCCACCAAGCACCUGAAGGAAGGGGGGUUGUUGACCCUAACAGGGGCCAAAGCAGCAUUGGCUGGAACUCCAGGAAUGAUAGGUUAUGGCAUGGCCAAAGGAGCAGUCCACCAGCUUUGCCAGAGCCUCUCGGGUGCAAACAGUGGGUUGCCACCGGGGUCUGCCGCGGUUGCCAUUCUCCCGGUUACCUUGGAUACACCGAUGAACAGGAAAUCUAUGCCUGAUGCGGAUGUCAGUUCCUGGACACCGUUAGAUUUCAUUGCCGAGUGAGUAAACAGAGGCUUCC